AUGGACUGUAAAACCAUUAUUUUUGUGAUACUCUUAUCGGUAACGGCAGUAAUUAUACCAUUUCAAUGGAUUUUGGAAAUAUGGUCGGAUGAAUGUGUGAAUCCAACAUAUCGCAUAGGAAAAAAUUACAACCCUUCGAGCGGUCUGAAAGCUUUUAAAGACAAAUAUAAUCCUAUAGAUUUAGGGUUAGAUAAUUUUGAUGAUGAAGCACCUCGACACAUCAUUGAAGCUUUGGUUAAUGCCACAAUAUCUAACGAUCCUGCUUACAAUCAAUAUAUGGAUGAAAAUGGACUACCAAAAUUGAGACAAGCUAUUGCAGAAUUGUACUCACCCUUGAUCGAUCAGCAAUUGAAUCCCGAUGAAAAUGUAUUGGUGACAGUAGGUGCAACCGAGGCUCUGUAUUCGGCGAUCACAACACAUACAGUUGUAGGUGAGGAGUGGCUGAUAAUCGAACCGGCUUAUCAUAUUUAUUUACCGAUUGUCAAACAAGCCGGAGGCGUUGCCAAAUUCAUCUCGCUGAAAUCGAAUAAUCAGGAUGAUAUCAUAAAAGGUGAGGAUUGGAAGUUGGACAAAAAUGAAUUCGAAGGAUUGAUCAGCAGAAAAACGAAAGGGAUAAUACUAAAUAACCCACAAAAUCCGAUUGGGAAAGUAUGGUCUCUGGAAGAACUUCAGUUCAUCAGCAGUAUAGCUCGACAGUACAAUUUAUUGAUAAUCAGCGAUGAAGCACACGAAUGGAUCACUUUUAAGCCGCAUAUCAGAAUAGGAGCAUUACCAGGAUUAUACGAGCGCACGAUAACCAUAGGCUCGGCAAGUAAAACAUUCAGUUUGGGUGGCUGGAGAAUUGGAUGGGCUUACGGUCCUAAAGAUCUUCUUGAUCCCAUCAAGUUACUUCAUAUGAAUGUUGUGGAUAGUACUCCUGCACCUCAACAGGUAGCUAUAGCAUUCGCCUUCGAAGAAGAAAUUCGUAAUUUUGGAUCGCCUAACUCCUACUUUACAAAACAUCGAGAAUACGUCAGAAAUCAUCGUGAUAUGCUCGUUAACGCUUUCAUUGACGUCGGCUUGAAACCGGUUAUUACAAGCGGUGGAUUUUGCACCUUAGUCAAUUGGACUUCUAUCAAAAGUAAACUGCCUCAAAUGAGCAAGUCUAUGGAUUUUUUGGUAUGGUUGAUAAAGGACAUUGGAGUACUAGGUUUCCCAGGAACUUCGUACUUUAGUGAAGAACAUCAACAUAUUGGACAGGAUUAUGCCCGAUUCUGCUAUCACAAGAACAUCGAUACACUUAAGAAAGCGGCACAAAGAUUAACAAAAUUGAAAGGUUUCUUGUAACUUAUGACUUUAUUUAUUAAGUCGACAAAAUGAAUAGGCUUAAAGAUGAUAGAAUUUAGACUUUAUAUAUAUAUAGUGAUUAAAUAUAAAUGACAAACUACUUGAAGUAAUAGCAGAAUAUACAAAAAAAUCUGUGAAAUGUUUUGUAAAUGAAAGUACACCGUAAAUACAAAUAUACAGUUAAGUUUUUCAGCCCAGGUGUUCGUAUCAGAUGCAUACGUGCAGGGGAUACUCAAUCUGUAAAUACGUAGCGCAAGCGCGAGAAGCUGAAGAAGCUCCUCGACAGGAUGGGACGCUAUGGUUCUACUCGGAUGUACUGAGUUAAAUCAACGAAGAUAGACGCCUCCGUCUUCAUUGAUCGAAUACAACAGAGUAUGAAUUAUCCUUGGUCGUAUGCCGCUUCUCACCACGCAAGGCCAACGUCAGCGGUCGGAAUAGUACGGUAGUAUAUACAAUGGCGUACGACACUGUAUAUACUGAUUAACGGUUACCUGCAUGUAAAUCCGAAUACAGCAAAGGUUGAAAUAAUUAUUUAUGUGUCUUGUUCUUGGGCAAACUAAGUACUAGUAUGGUAUAUAGGGAAGAUUUAUUUAGCAUGGGACAGUAUAUAAGUUGAGGUACUUGUUAUUUCACACUACAAACAUUCUCCGACGUACUCGUAUUUGGUUCAUCCAAUGCCAUAUAAACCAGGCAUAUAAAUAACGAUUUUCAAGCAUAUCUCUGCUACACUAUCAAAAUUGAAAUAAGUACCAA